CGACAAAAGCAAAGACUACACACAAGAGUUGGCCACACGAUGAGCUGCCAAGAAGGCGCCAUGCCGGCGGCGGCGGUGGCGCAGCCGCACGUCCUCCUCGUGUCGUGCCCGCUGCAGGGCCACGUGAACCCGCUACUCCGCCUCGGCCGGCGCCUCACCGCCAGGGGCCUCCUCGUCACCUUCACCACCAUCCUCCGCGGCGCCAUCCACCGCGACGACGGCGCCUCCUCGGGCGGCGUCCUAUUCGAGUACCGCCCGCGCGGCGACGACGACGGCUCACACGAACGGACGAUGGCACCCAACGACAUGCUACGGCACGUCGUGGACGUGGGCCCCGCGGUGCUGGCCGACAUGGUCCGGCGCCACGCCGACGCCGGCCGGCCGGUCUCCUGCAUCGUCAACACCACCUUCGUGCCCUGGGCGCUCGACGUGGCCCGGGAGCUGGGCGUCCCCUGCGCCACCUUGUGGAACCAGUCCUGCGCCGUGCUGUCGCUCUAUUACCAUUUCUACAACAACGACGCGCCAGUGCUGCUGCCCGGGCUGCCGGCCAUGUCCGUGGACGAGCUGCCGACCUUGGUCCGACCCGAGUUCGCGCACAACCUAUGGGGCCAGAUGCUCAGGGCGCAGCUCGUGCAGGUGCGGGAGAAGGCACCGUCAUGGGUGCUCGUAAACACCUUCCACGAGCUUGAGUGCACCGCCAUCGACGCGCUUCGGGCUCGCGCCGUCCCGGUCGCGCCCGUCGGCCCCCUCCUGGACGAUGAGCCGGCCGUGGCCGGCGACGACGGCUGCGUGAUGGCGUGGCUCGACGCGCAGCCGCCGCGCUCUGUCGUGUACGUGGCGUUCGGCAGCAUCGUGGACAUCGGGCGGGACGAGACGGCCGCCCUGGCGGAGGGACUCGCCAGCACUGGCAGGCCGUUCCUGUGGGUGGUGCGCGACGACCUCCUCCACCUCCCGCAGCCCGUCUUCGCCGCCUGCCGCGGAGACACCAGCAGGAUCGUGGCGUGGUGCCCGCAGGGGCGCGUGCUCCGGCAUGGCGCGGUCGGGUGCUUCGUAACGCACUGCGGGUGGAACUCCGUCACCGAGGCGCUGGCCGCGGGGGUGCCGGUGGUCGCGUACCCGUGGUGGUCGGACCAGUUCACCAACGCCAAGUUCCUGGUGGAGGAGUACGGGGUCGGCAUCCGGCUGCCGGCGCCGGUGACGCAGGAGGCGCUCCGUGCGUGCGUCAACGAGGUGAUGAGCGGACCGGAGGCGGCAGCGAUCCGGAGGAGGGCGACGGCGUGGAAGGAGGAAGCAGCGGCAGCGCUGGCCGACGGCGGGUCAUCGGACAGCGGCCUCGACGCUUUCGUUGACUUCUUGCGAGCGGCCGUAGGAUCUCGUGCAGUUGACACGAUUAGCUCGCCGCCGGCAAAGCAGGGAUCAGUCAGUUCGUUAUAAUUCAUUAGUGGUGACACUCGAAUAAACCAUCUUAUUCUUAUCCCUUGGAGAACAUUUCUGUCGAGCCAAUGAACGCGCUUCAACCAUGUUGUAUGGAUAUAUGCUCUACGAUUUGGCUCGUCACUCGCGAAUGGCCGAAAUAGGAGCUAAGCAAAGGUUAGCAGACCUGUACACCACUAAUCCUUCUACUCAUAUGAAAUGUCGUUGCAUCAUAUCAUAG